AUGUCUGACGUUGGGACUGUAUCAGGCUACUCAGAUGAUGAUUUUGUAGUUCCUGAUUCUCCAAAUGAGGAACUUCCUCGUCGUCCGGUGAAACGUCGUCGUGUGCACUCAUCUCCGGGCAGCACAGAUGGCGCCGGGGAAAUCGCGUCCGAGACAGACCAGUUCUCCGACUUUGAUGACGGCUUCACAAAUGGGCGGAGCUCGUCCGAAGAGUAUGAGCGAGACGCACGCUCCAAGUCCCGGAGCUUCGUGCCCAAGCAAAGCAACAUACAAGAAAACAUCUUCGUCACCCAGCUCACGCAACCCGACUCGAGUCCCGAACGGAUUCGCGGCCCCCGCUGGCAAAAACCCGUCCCAAGGGCAACUUCUCCCAUAACAAAGCCGGCUGUAUCCAUCGAGCGCCCUGUACAACAAAACCGGCAAAAUGAUGACGACAAUUACGACGAGGAGGAGGCCCUCAGAGAGGCACUGGCUGCAUCACUGGACGCAUUCGAGGAGGAAAAAUCCAUGCGACAAGUCCUGGAAGCGACCAUACCGGGCUCGAAGCCUGCAAGGUCCGGCGAGGUGAUUACUCCGAUGGAUAUGUCGUUCGAGCUGGAAGACAUCCCCGACGAUGCUUUUGAUUCCUCGCCGUGCUUGUCGCCGGUAUUACGAUCAAUCCAGCCUCCUACGUCGCAAUCGAGUUUCAAUCGACCGACGAACCGACCCCAGUACAUGCGACAGAUGACUCUGUAUGGCAUGGCAGCGCAGAACCACAAUCCGGCGCCGCAAGAAAAAGACUGGGCGCCCCCCGACAAAGAUGAGCGUCCGACCCACCACAAGCUGAACAAUGAGACAUUGAACACCUGGUGGUAUCCUACAAACAUAGGAACUAUUCGAGACUAUCAGUUCAACAUCGCUCAAAAAGGGCUAUUUCACAACUUGCUGGUUGCCCUGCCCACCGGCCUGGGAAAGACCUUCAUAGCUGCAACGGUUAUGCUCAAUUGGUAUCGGUGGACAAAGGACGCACAGAUGGUCUUUGUUGCGCCGACCAAGCCCCUGGUGUCACAGCAAGUAGCGGCCUGCUUGGAAAUUGCCGGAAUUCCUCGAUCCCAAACGACCAUGCUCACCGGUGGCGCUGCGCCGGGCCUUCGAGCGAAAGAAUGGCAAGCAAAGCGGGUGUUCUUCAUGACACCGCAAACCUUGAUCAACGACUUGAAGACGGGCAUUGCGGACCCAAAACGCAUAGUUCUCUUGGUGGUCGACGAGGCCCAUCGCGCCACGGGCGGGUACGCUUACGUCGAGGUGGUCAAGUUUCUUCGACGCUUCAAUCAGAGUUUCCGUGUGCUGGCAUUGACAGCCACCCCUGGGUCGACAGUCGAGUCGGUUCAGGCGGUCAUUGAUGGCUUGGACAUUUCCCGAGUUGAAAUCCGUACAGAGCAUUCCCUGGACAUACGUGAUUAUGUGCAUAGCCGUGACGUGGAAAUUGAGACGUUUGAGAAUUCCGAUGAGAUGUUAUUCUGCAUGGACUUGUUAUCUACCACACUUCGACCACUCGUCAGUCAGCUUCGAACGAUGAACGCAUACUGGGGAAAUGACCCCAUGGGGCUGACGGCCUUUGGUCUGACCAAAGCCAGACAGCAGUGGAUGGGGUCCGAUGCAGGCCGCAAUGCAAAUUUUGGCUUGAAGGGCAAGGUGAACGCCAUUUUCACGGUUCUUGCCAGUUUGGCCCACGCUAUCGACUUGUUGAAAUACCACGGGAUCGUCCCGUUCUACAGGCACAUAUUGCAUUUUAAAUCAAAUACAGAUGGUCAGAAAGGAGGUAAGUGGCAGAAACAAGUCGUUCAGGAUGAAAGCUUCAAGAAGCUUGUCAGUCACCUUGAACCUUGGACAAAGAACCCUGAAUUUAUUGGUCAUCCUAAGUUGGAGUAUCUGAAGUCUGUGAUCUUGAAUCAUUUCAUGGAUGCCGGAGAAGGGAAAGAGGCCGUCGAGGGUCAUACUGGUCGCGCAACCCGAGUGAUGAUUUUUGUGCAUUUCCGAGACAGCGCAGAAGAAGUGACCAGAGUGCUUCAGCGGUAUGCGCCCAUGAUCCGUCCACACGUCUUUGUGGGACAAAGCUCGGCCAAGGGCUCUGAAGGCAUGGAUCAAAAGACUCAGCUGUCCAUCAUUGAGAAGUUCAAGGCCGGCACUUACAACACGAUUGUCGCCACCUCCAUUGGCGAAGAAGGAUUGGACAUUGGUGAGGUCGAUCUCAUCGUGUGCUAUGAUUCUUCUGCCUCUCCCAUUCGCAUGUUGCAGCGAAUGGGUCGAACGGGCCGGAAAAGAGCCGGCAAGAUUACGUUACUGCUCAUGAAGGGGAAAGAAGAAGACAAUUACACCAAGGCAAAGGACAACUACGAGAAGAUGCAGCAAAUGAUCGCGAGUGGUACUAGGUUUACUUUCCACGACGAUCGGUCUGCUCGAAUCCUGCCUCCUGGGAUCCGUCCUAUCGCCGACAAACGCCACAUAGAGAUUCCUCCGGAGAAUUCUCAAUCAGAACUGCCGGAGCCCAAACGCAAGGGGAAGGUGCCCAAGAGGCCACCAAAGAAAUUCCAUAUGCCAGACGACGUGGAAACGGGAUUCACCCGCGCAUCAACUCUCGAGGAAAGCUUUGCAAAGUCGGGCAGAAAGAAGGUGACUCCCAAAAAGAGACCUCGCACGCCCACGCCAGAGCCUGUCGCGGUGCCGCCAUUGCAAGACGUCCUUCUCUCUGUCAGUCAACAGCAGGAAUUGGAGCAUUUAUACCAAAAUAUUGGGGACACAUCACCCCAAUUCAUCCAUCAUCCGCGAACAGAUGCCUUUCCUCAAUUACAGCUUGUUGCGAGACCGACCAAGUCGGUGACACAUGGGGCUUUAACCCGACGCAUGAUCAAUACACUACGCAAAAUGGAUCAAUCCGGCCCCGAAUGUGAAGAUCGGUACAGGAAGAUCAUUGCUCUAGAAAAUGAGAGAGCAGCCAAAGAUCCCCGUUACAGGGCACUCAAUGCGGCAGCAAAGCCUUUAACCAAGUUCACAUCUUCCGAACAUUCAAGAAAGUCGAAGUCGCCAAAUGCUGGGGAUGUCGACUCUGACCGCGAUGAGAUUUCAGCCUUGAUGUCUCCCGAGGCCUCUGAUCUCCACGCGGGCCCGCAGAAACAUCCACGCACCGCCCGCCAACAACGCCGACUGUUGACCAACUCCAAAGGCCCCCAGGAGCACCACAAUCUCUACAUCAUGGCUGACGCUCAAUUUGACAGCGCGCUCGAUCUGCUUCGGCGCCUGAACCCCCGCGAUACCAAGGCCAAUCUCCAUGCGAUCACGACAAUUGUGCCAGAUCUGACCGAAGACCUCCUCUCCUCCGUUGACCAGCCCCUGGAGAUCCGCCGCUGCCCGCAGACCGGCCGCGACUAUCUGCUCUGUGACUACAACCGUGACGGGGACAGCUACCGUUCGCCAUGGAGCAAUGAAUUCGACCCUCCCCUGGAGGACGGCACUGUGCCCAGUGAGCGUGUGCGCAAGCUUGAAGUGGCUGCGAACGAGGCGUUCGAUGUUUACCGUGAGCUCUAUUAUGAGGGCGGCGUCGGCAGUGUGUACUUCUGGGACUUGGACGAUGGGUUCGCAGGUGUGAUCUUGCUGAAGAAGGGAGUGACCGCCGGUUCUCAAAGCUCUGGCGAAUGGGAUAGCAUUCAUGUCUUCGAGGCCACCGAUCGUGCUCGCAUGUCCCACUAUAAGCUGACAAGUACUGUGAUUCUUCACCUGGCAAACGAGACCGAGGCUCUUGGUGAGAUGGAUUUGAGCGGCAAUAUGACCCGUCAGGUCGAGACCGAUCUGCCCGUUGAGUCGGACGCUAGUCACAUUGCGAAUGUUGGACGAUUGGUUGAGGACAUGGAGUUGAAGAUGCGAAAUUUGUUGCAAGAGGUCUACUUUGGCAAGGCCAAGGAUGUUGUGGGUGAGCUGCGCAGUCUUGGUUCUCUGUCUGAGAGCAACCGUGAUCGCGCCACACAACUGGAAAUGAUCAAGGGCAUGCAGAAGUAA